AUACUGCACACUUGUGAGCUAAGCAGAUUGUGGUCCAGGACAUUUGCAAAUGGCCCCAGACAAAAAAAUGACAGUGAUUCAACAGAUUCAACAGAUUCUAAAACUUCACAACUUAAUGAUGCAUCAGUCAAAAACAACUUGCCUCAAAAGUCUAUUUGGUCUGAACCCAUACCUGAGUAUCUGAGAGGAGACCAUUUGCCAGACCCUGUCAGAAAUACAGAAAGGGAAUAUUUUGAAGCUGUUUCGAACCCUGAUAAAAAAGCUUACUUGGACACACUAUUAUAUUCUAGAGAGCGUGGUAUCUCUAGAACUGUUAGCACCUGGUUGCAGUGGAACCUUAACAUCAAUGAUGAUCAAGAGAUUGCAGCCAUCAUCGAGAAGAAUGAGUUUAUGCAGCACAAAAAGGAUCAGAGGUAUUUGGAGGAGAGAGAGAAAGCACUAGGCCCUGAACUGGCUGCAGCACAUUUUAUCCUAGCCCGCGGGGGCGCCGUCAGGUUUGUUGGACGCGACCAAUGGCAUUCCAAAGAUGCCAAACUCAGCUAUUCCAUUCCUAGAAUCAAGGUGCCGAAUCUGUUUGUUGAAGCUGUUGAUGCCAGCGGUAUGAAGCUGACUUAUGUUGGCUUUGAUAUUAUUGGAAAACUGUCUCAGUUGAAAUUCCUGAAGUUUAACAACUGUCCUUAUUUCAAUGACUGGUGUCUGAGUCGGCUGCAACGUGUGAGCCAGACCUUGGAGUGUCUGGAGAUCAGUAACUGUCCUGGGGUCACGGACAACGGCUUGGCCACCCUUCACUGUCUCCAAAAACUGAAAGUUCUGCGCCUGUCCCAGCUUUCAAAUGUGAAGCACCUCGGGCUACUGGCUCUUCUUCUAGAGGAGCACAUCCCGGAACUUGCUGUGCUUGGGGUCACAGAAGAGGAGCUGGAGCCUGUGUCCUGCCAGCACCGGGGCGAGAGAAGACUGGUCAGAGCUUUGCUGGGCUGUCUAGAUGAUGCUGAUGAUUUGGUUGACCAGAAAAUGCACGAGUUCAAUAAGAUGACCCCAGAUGAUUACAAGAGGUUUGCCCGGCCCAUCGAUUGA